AUGGCCGCUUGGCCUGCACUGCAGUCCUUGUCUUUCAUCAUGCGCCACGACGAGCCACCCGCUCCAGACCCAGACCCCCGUCCUUUCUGCCUCCCAGCGCUUCAAGAGCUCACGAUCUCGGACACGGACGGCGACGCGGCCCAAUUCUUCGCCAGGGCGCAGCUCCCCGCGCUCCACAAGCUCUGGUACGAGCUCAUCCUCGUCGCAUCCACAACCCGCGGCAGCCCCGAGGUCGAACUCGCCGCCCUCGCCGCCGCCUACCCACACCUCGUCACCCUCACGCUCACCGUGGACAUCUCGCAGAGACACUGGGAGGACGCGCUCGGCGAGCCGAGCCGCACUCUGCGGUGCACACCCCUCCGCUCGCUCCUCGCGCCCCUCGCGCCCCUCCGCCGCCUCCGCGCGCUGCACAUCGUCGUGCAGGGCUGCGGGUUCGGCUACAACGCUGCGGAGCUCGAGGCGGGCGUGGCGGCGUGGCCUGCGCUCUCCGAGCUCCGGCUCGCCGUCGAGCCCGAGUCGUGCCUCGAGGACGCGGUCGGCGACGAGUGCGAGGAGGUGGCGGGGCUGGAGGUGCUCGCGUCGGUCGCGCGCGCGUGCCCCGGGCUGCGCGUGCUGCACCUCCCGCGGACCGCGCUCGUCGUGGGUGCGCUGGACGCCGCGCGCGCAGACGUGCUCCCCCACGGCGUCCUGUACGAGCUGCGGCUCGGGGAGGUGGGGGUGCGCGGGGGGCUGGAGGGCGACGAUGGCGAGGCGGAGCGGGAGGUGCACGCGUUUGUCCAGGCGGUGUUUCCGGGUGCGGCGCGGCUGGCCAUGAUUCAUCUCGACCGUGGUGGUGGUGGUGGUGGUGGUGGUUCGCCGUAG